AUGGCCGAUUUUGAGAAUUUCGAGUCCACCGGUGAGCCUAAUGUCGAAGAAGAUCCAGCCGCCGACUUCCUGGCUCGAGAACAAACUGAAUUAGCUGGGCUUGAAGACGAUAACUUCGCUAUCGAGGAAUCUAGCCAACCUUCUGAAGCUACAGCAGGCAAUGGAUUUAAUGCAUUUGAAGAAUCCACUGCAGCAUCAGAUGCACAAGCUGAGGAUGCUCCACAGGUGAGUGUGGAAACAGGCCUCAUCGACCCAGGACCUGAGAUGGAACAUCAACCCUCUCAGCCUUCCUUCUUCUUUGACACUGAGGAACCUCCGCAAACUAAUGGGCCUACAGAUGGUGGUGGAUAUGCUGCAAUUGCACAAGCUGACAAACAUCGUCAGGAACCAGAGAAAAUUAGAAUUUGGAGGGAAGAACAAAAGAAAAGGCUUGAACAGAAAGAUGCUGAAGAAGAGGUGAAGAAUAACCAGUGGCGUGAAGCUGCCAAAAAAGAGUUGGAAGAUUGGCUAAAACAUCAUGCAGAACAACUUGUUAAGACCAAGGAAAAUAAUAGACAUUCUUCCGAAAUGGGAUCUGAUCAAGCUCAGGAAGAAGCAAGUAAUAAAGAACGUGAUGAAACAAUUGCUGGUCAGGAGUGGGAGAAGAUUUGCCGUCUGUGUGACUUCAAUCCUAAGCAUUCCAAAAAUACAAAGGAUGUAUCCCGCAUGCGUUCAAUACUGCUACAACUCAAACAGACUCCAUUGACUAUGGGAACCCUGAUUAUGUUGAGUGCCUGA